GUUACGACGUUGGAGGCAUCGGAAGUAUUCGGAGCAGGCUCUCCUUCGCUCUCAGAGUCGCACAGAGUGGGGGUGCCGCGUGCGAGUCACCGGAUUCUACUCUCACCGAUGGCAUUAUGCGCCUGAGCGAACUACCGUAAUGGGGAUGUGUACACGUGUCCCUUUUGUCUCCACUGCCACGCCUCGUCCAGGUCAUUGUCAUAAAUACGGUUCGAUGUCACAGUCUCUCCAACACCUACCUAUUUCUUCCUCCUCAUUAAGGAGCCUUCCAAAGACCCCUUUUUGUGUUACUUUUAUCACUCGCCCAUCAUCUUCGUCGCUGUCAUUGUCGAGAAAGCGGGUUGGAAUCGGUGCGGUUGUUGCAGCCAUGGCGGAUUCGUCUCGGAGCACUGUCCUCGUCACUGGAGCUGGUGGAAGAACAGGUCAAAUAGUCCAUAGGAAAUUAAAGGAGAGGUCAGACCAACAUGUUGCCAGAGGUCUAGUUAGAACAGAAGAAAGUAAACAGAAAAUUGGUGGUGCAGAUGAUGUUUUUAUCGGAGAUAUAAGAGAUGUUGGAAGUAUUGUUCCUGCAAUCGAAGGUAUAGAUGCUCUCAUAAUUCUCACAAGUGCUGUUCCCCUAAUGAAGCCAGGCUUUGAUCCAACCAAAGGUGGAAGGCCUGAGUUUUAUUUUGAUGAUGGGGCGUACCCUGAACAGGUUGACUGGAUUGGGCAGAAAAAUCAAAUAGAUGCUGCUAAGGCUGCCGGAGUGAAGCAGAUUGUGUUGGUUGGGUCUAUGGGUGGCACGAAUCCAGAUCAUCCUUUGAACAAAUUGGGUAAUGGAAAUAUACUGGUUUGGAAGAGAAAGGCGGAGCAGUAUCUGGCUGAUUCCGGUAUUCCAUACACAAUUAUAAGAGCUGGUGGCUUGCAAGAUAAGGAAGGUGGUCUUCGAGAACUAAUCACAGGGAAGGAUGAUGAGCUUCUUCAGACAGAUACCAGAGCCAUACCUAGAGCUGAUGUUGCAGAAGUCUGCAUUCAGGCACUGAAGUUUGAGGAGGCUAAAUUCAAGGCAUUUGACUUGGCAUCAAAACCAGAGGGAACAGGUGCACCCACAAAGGACUUCAAGGCUUUGUUUUCUCAGAUCACCACUCGCUUUUGAUUUUCAAGUUCAUCUGCCAUGUCCUCAAUCUAUAUCAUCCUAUUCUCAAAGUUCCUUUGUGAUGGAUUCUGUUGUCACUAGAACUACCUCAAGCAAGAUAUGUUUGCUUCAUCAUUCGCGCGCUGCUAAAAGAUUGUUUUAACCUUAACAAAAUGAUUUGGUUUGUACGCUCUCAAGUUUUGAUUUUUCUUCUUGGGACAUGAUUUUUUUCCUCUAUGAACGAAAGGAACAAAGAUGCACUGAUGCUUGAAUCAUAUUAUAUACGUCGACUAUAUUAUCUAUUUUGCAUAGAAUUUGAGAGACAACGCUUAUUAUU